AUGUUGCCCAGGGCCGUGCUUUCCGCGGCUGGUUCUAUUAUGCCCGAGCUCCGUGUUGCUCGGGCUUGUGUGAGAACUCUUAUUACUGUACAUGGUAAUGUGUCUAUUUCUGUCUUCUUUGAAAAGCUGCACAAAUAUGUGAGAAAUCUUAAUCACACCGACCCAACCGGAGGCAAGAUCUUCUUUAAUGAGAGAAGAGAAGUUCCAACUGAUCUCAUGUUACAAAUGUGGCUUUAUUUAAAAGGUUCUUUUUAUGCCCAUCGUUUCAGAAUUUGCACGAUUCUAAGCCCAGACUUUGUGCUUCAAACAUUUCCCAAUAUGAUUGAUCCCUUCUACUGGAAAAAAGCAAAUAAAACACUUUCUGGACAUCCCAGCGAAAGUAGUCGAAUACACGAGAAACCCCACAGUGUUCGAAUCCCUAUGUUCAAGCUCAUCACCCCAGCCUCACAUGAUUUUGGCUCUCCUCCGGUAUCUCGAUGUUCAGAUCCCUGUAUACCCGGCAGCAGAAAAAAGUUUGGAUCUUCAAUUCACAAAUGCUGCUAUGAUUGUGUCUCAUGUCCAGAAGGAGAGAUUUCCAACAUUUCCGACAGUGAAAACUGCAUGAAAUGUCCUGAUGAAGAAUGGCCAAAUGAGAAGAAGGAUCGGUGUGUUCCAAGAGUGAUGGAAUUUCUCUCCUACACUGAUGAUCCCAUUGUUGGAGUAUUUUCAGCCGUCUCCAUCCUCUGUUGUCUUCUGACUGGUUUAAUAUUGGGGAUAUUUAUACAUUACCAGGACACCCCCAUUGUUAAAGCCAAUAACCGGGACCUGAGCUAUCUUCUCCUGGUCUCCAUCAUGCUAAGCUUCCUCUGUGUCUUCUUGUUCCUUGGCCAUCCAGUAGAUGUGACCUGCAUGCUGCGUGUCACCUCUUUUGGUGUCAUCUUCUCAGUUGCUGUCUCUUCUCUACUUGCCAAAAGUAUCAUGGUGUGUAUUGCUUUUAAAGCCACCAAACCUGGGAGUCCCUGGAGGAAAUGGAUGGGAGCCAAACUUCCCAAUUUUAUCAUUUGUGUCUUCUCACUGGUCCAAUUUAUAAUCUGUGUCACUUGGUUGUCUAUUUCUCCCCCCUUCCAGGAUCGGGACACUCACUCUUAUCAGGGGAAGAUCAUCAUUCAGUGUAAUGAGGGUUCAGUUAUCGGCUUCUACUCUGUCCUGGGAUAUAUGGGGCUUCUGGCAGCUGUGAGUUUCAUUAUCGCUUUUUUAGCCAGGACAUUACCGGACAGUUUUAAUGAGGCCCAGUACAUCACCUUCAGCAUGCUGGUGUUCUGCAGUGUCUGGAUUGCCAUGAUCCCGGCCUAUCUGAGCACCAGAGGGAAAUACAUGGUGGCUGUAGAGGUUUUUGCUAUAAUAGCAUCAAGUUCUGGACUUCUUGGCUGUAUAUUUUUCCCAAAAUGUUACAUAAUUCUGUUCAGACCUGACCUGAAUACAAAAGCAGCUAUCCACUAAU